AUGGCAGUGAAAGCUUUUUUCGCAAUAUUACUCAUAUUUUUGUUUGUUUCAUCACUCGCUACUCUGGAACCUCCACCACCGGACCCGCUCGCAUCUGCACCACAUCAAGAUAGGUUUCUGGUGACAAAUAAUCCAAACCGGAACCUUAAGAAAUCUCCUCCAAAGUUGGUGAUUGCUUUGUCAGUAGUGGCUGGAGUUGUGCUUUUAGCUAUAUCUGUGGGACUACUUGUUUGUGUGUGUUUAAAGCCAUCACCAUUUUCAUCACCUGCUGCUGCUGCUGGGACAGUGGUUGGUGUUCCAGUGCCAUUGCAACAACUUGGAUCAAUGGAGACCGGAGUAAUGCGAAACAUAACUUGA